AUGAACAAAGUUUGGAUAAAGCUCAUGUGGAUCUGCCUAAUUGUAAUGACGAAAAUACUGGAUAUGUUGCCUCAACAUGUUGUACAAGCUAGAUACAGAGGCCGUAAGGAUGAUCUGAUCAUCAACAUUUCAACAGUGCUGGAUCCACCAUUCAUGUCUUUGAAGAGAAACAAAGCCUUCCUGGACCCAACCAACCAGUACGAGGGCUACCUCUACGACAUCCUCAACAAAAUUUUCACCAAUCUCGCAAUCAAGUACAACAUCCGGCUAACCAGUGACGUCACAAACUAUAAUAGGAAUGUGCUAGGACCCAGUGAGGUGCUGGGCACUAGGGAUGUGCUAGAAAACCGAUUUAAACCUGAUGACCACGAAUACGGAGUAAUUGGUGACGUGAUUAAAGGGUUAGCAGAUGUAGGAGCCAGCGUUAGCAUAGUGCCAAAUCCAGCCCUCAAUAAGCUAGUGGACUAUAGCGAGCCCGUUCUAUCACUGAGGUCUUCCAUUAUUUGGCAGCAGGAAGAUCGUCAUCAAGAUCCUCUCCAACAUCAGGAUCGUUAUCAGUAUCGUUAUCCGGAUCAUAGAGAACGUAGAAUCGAUUCAAAAUUAUCGAUAAAAAACACAGCACACCCCUCAAGGAUAACAGACGACAAGCAUUACGACAACAAACUCGGAACCGGUAUUCGAAAGACUACUACAACUCCCACAACAACUACUGCUGCUGCUACUACUCUUACUACUACUGCCACUACUAUAACUACUGCUACUACAACAACUGCAACUACUUCUACUACUAAUAAUAAUAAGGGUAAAAAAAUUUCACAAAAAUCACAACAAUUUCAUCAGCAAGAACAUCGUUAUCCUCAACAAAAACAUAAAAAUACUCAAAAAAGAUCGUCAUCAUUAUUAAAACCAUUAUUAUCAUCAUCAUCGCCACCCAAAUCGUCAUCAUCAUCAUCAUCUAAAUUGUCAUCGUCGUCGUCAUCAUCAUUGCUAUCACAUGAUCGAUUCAACGACAUAGCAACGACACUGGAACGCCUUCUACACGGCAACUACACAAUUGGAUUGGUAAGAAAUAGCGCCCAAUUUUUACAAUUACGUCAUCUAGUUAAUGACGUCAGCCUCAAUAACAACAACAACAAAAAUGACAUCAUCAACAACAACAAAAACAAAGAAACAACACACAAUAAAUAUACUGCUGAAAAUGAUAGUUUCUACAACUAUUUUAACAUUAGUGGAGUUGAAAAUAAUUCAAGACAUCAUCAACAACAACAACAACAAUCAAAUCAACGACAACAUCAUCAACAACAACCACAUCAGCGACGACAACAACAACAUCAACUUCAACAUCGUCAUCAUUAUUCAAAUCAACAAAAUUCAUAUAAGUUCGGAAAACACCUAAACCAACUGCAACCAACAAUGCAAACAUCAAAAUCUACUAAGCUAAAGCAACUAAAACAACAGCAACAUCAGAAACAGCAACAAAAAAUUUUACCCAGAUUAGCCGAGCUGCUGCAGCAGCUGAAGAUCAUAGCCGUUGAUAGCUUAGUCGAAGGCCUGGAUCGGCUAAGGCGGGAAAGACUCGCCCUAAUACUCGAUUCUCCGAUAGCCGAAUAUCACGCUGGCCGGUAUCCAUGUAACAUCUUCCUCAGCGAACCGUUUCUAGCCGAGACAAAUUACUUUUUUAUCCUCAGAAAAACCGAUUCAGAUACCGAUGAUGAUAAUAAUAAUAAUAAUAAUAAUAACAAUAAUAAUAAUAUGGCUAAUAAUGAGAACAUUGACAAAUAUAAUAACGAUGAUGAUGAUGAUGAUGACGGCGUUAAAUUUGAUGACGACGACAAUGAUGGUGAUGGUGGUUAUAUCGACGAAGAUGGUUAUAUCGACGAUGACGUCAUAAACGAUGAUGAUGAAGACGAUUGCGUCAUUAGGAAUGCUUAUAAUGAAUGUGUUGUGAAGCAAAUUAACAACAACAACAAAAAUGACAUUAGCAACAAAAAUAAUAAUUCUGCUACUACGAACACUACUACUUCUACCACUGCUAUUACUACUACUACUACUACUACUGCUACUACUACUACUAUCACAAAAAAAUAUUUUCAGAGCCGAUCAAAAAAGUCUAUCGACAACAAAAUUAAAAAAAAUAAAAACAAACAAACCAAUAAAAACACCAAUAACAACAAAAACAUAGUCAGUGAAGCCAACAAAGACAUAACAAACUUUCAGACUUUCAAGUCAAAAUUCAAUUCGGAGAUCAGAAAGCUUAAACAAAAUGACGUCAUCCAAUCAAUUUAUCUCUACUGGUGGAAACCCGAGUGCUCUUUCAACCAGCCAACCAAUAAAAUUUCGUCAAAGAAGAGGGGUGGGAGCAAAUACCCCGUCACUCCAUCGUCGCAGCCAAUCAUGUUUCAGCCUGAUAGUAAACGUUAUCAAAACUUUGAUGACGUAAAUCUCGCUUGUAAAAAUGCUGAUUGUGAAAUUUAUUGUCUUUGGUUUUGCAUUACAAUCUUUAUAUUUUUUAGGAUGAUUUUUACAUUAGCAUAA